AGGGCACGUAUAAAAAAAAUACGUGUCUCUCAUUUUUGGCUUUCAAGUUUUCGCGGCUGCUAUCUUUUUUAGUCGUAAUGGCUUCCAGAUGGUAUCAGAGUCUCCCAGCCCUGAUGAUGCAGAACUACAAUGUUGCAAAACGUCGGCACCGCAUUGCAAACGAACGCGGCAAUUAUCCGGAAAUCAUUACGAUAAACGUCUCUUAUUUUUAGUUGGAAAACAUAUUUAAAGCUUCUCCAAAUCGGAGGAGAACAGUUUGAAACGGUCUCUUGUUAUAAUAGAAGAAACAACUUAAGGAAAACCCUGAUUUCUGAUAAUCAUUUAUCAAACGGAAUCCAAGAAUAGGCUCAAUGGUCUCGUGCAAUCUUAUAUCUCCUUCCAUGACGUUCGAGUCCACAAUCGAUAUUUACACAAUAACAAGAAAGAUUCUCUUAUACAACAAAGAGGAAAAAAACUGACUUGUGUAUUUAAUCAACUUCGUACCAUGGAGAGUAACAUUAUUUUCGAAGUCGCGGAUAGAACUACAUGUGUAACUGUAUGGUAUCUUACUUCCAUUAAUUACGAACAAAUUAUAUUUUUACAGUAGGGCGUUAUCGAGUGAAGUAAAACAAUCAUUUUUACAUUUUAAAGUCCUACAUUUUAAAGAGUUCUUUUAAGUAUUAUAGCAAUAGUAGAAAUAAUACUAUUGUUGUGACUAUUACUUCUGUUACUUCAGACGAAACAAAAUGAAAAGAAGACAUAUCGAUGAAGUUCAAACGUCGACGAUAGAUGAGCAUCUUCAACUACUGUUGAAGGAUGAUAAUAUAAUCGAAUCAAAUUUCACCAAUAUAACACCUAACGAUCUUCCAAAUUGGUAUGAUGCAAAAUUAUUCAAAGAAGGUCAAAACUUUUAUCACCGAAAUAUGAUGUCAAUGGUACUAAGUUCUAUCGCCGGACUUUUUGCAAUAAUAGCAGUCCCAGAAACAUUAAGAGUGCUCGUACACACUAAGAAAAGCAGUAAACCUUGCGUGACUUUUAGCAGAUAUACCCAAACUCUGCUACACAUUUAUAACCUGUAUGCAAGUGAUCCAAACGAUCCGGAUUCCGACCUGUACAAAACAAUAAACGUAAUUCACCGGAAACAUAAGAUGAGCAGUAAAAAAUCAGAGGUUGCUGGCGUAGGAGGGAUUUACCAACGAGAUAUGGCAAUCACACAAUUUGCUUUCGUAGGAUACGUAUUUACCGCCCCAAAGUCAAUCGGCUUGUGCAAUAAGCCGCAAGAAGAAGAAGCAUUUAAUCAUUUCUACCGUGUGAUAGGUCAUUUGUUGCAAAUUCCCGACCGACUAAAUCUGUGUCGUAAAACUGCAGCAGAAACUCGCGAAUUAUGUCAAAAGUUGAUGCAUGUUUUGACAGAACAUUUGAAUAAUGCUCCGCCCGAAUUUCAUGACAUGGUAUCAGCCAUAUUAGAUGGAUUGUGGUAUUUGGAUAUAACUUUAGACAAACGUGCUUUCCUAAAAUUUACCUAUGAGCUGCAUGGUAUAGAAUAUAAUGAGCCGCUUGGAUGGUACAGUCGAUUAAAUGCAAAAUACCGUGAAUGGAUACUUUAUCUUAGCCUUGUACCCUAUGUCGGAGCAAUAGUGAAAAUUUAUUACAAAUACGUACUUCUGUUGACAUUGUGGCUUGUAAAGAAAUGGCCCGUAUUAGCAUGGUUGUCACUCGGAAAAAAAAAUUCCCGCAUUAUAUUAUAUUAAAAGGAACGUGUGUGUAUAUAGUCAUAUUCUCUUUCUAUCUCGUUUCAUAUAAGUACAGUAAUCUAUACAUAUACUUCAUAUAAAUAUAUAGUUGUUCAUCUAUUUAAGUUUGUUUUAUUAAUGCUGUUUGCAACAAUUGCACAGCGAGGCCCUCGAUUCUUUCCGCUAAUCAUCCGCCUU